CUCCUUCCCAGAGUUCCGAGGAAGGGAGGAAGGGGGCCAGGCUAACGGAAAGCCUGGGCUGCCAUCGCCGUCGUAGUCUGUGGCUGCCAGAGGAGGAGGAGGAGGAGGAGAAGAGGAGGCUGAGGCCCAGCAUGCGAGUGUGAGAUGCCUCCCUCAGCGGCGGAGGAUCCUUCCUGGGACCGGGAGGCUUCAUCAUCCUCAUCCUCAUCUUCUCCGACUUGGGCUCCCUUCGCUCAGUGGAUGCGGCUCCGGAGCCCACGCUUCGCCCUCCACAAACAUUUCUAUAGGACUCAGGCGCCUUGCUGAGGAGGAGAAACCACAGCACCCCUCCCUUUGCUUUUUGUGGGAAGAAUAUCGCUCCCUUCCUUUAAUUUCUUUCCCAAUUAAACCUCUCUCUUUGCCCCCCAAAACUCUAAAAGCCAAAGGCGGCCCCUCCAUUUUGUGAAGGAGAAAAGAAGGGAGGCGCCAUGGAGGAGGCAGCCUCCUCCUUAUCCUCCUCCUCCUCUUCCUCCGGCCGAGCCGCCCACUUGGGCCGCCUGAGGGACGAGCAAAACAAGGUGGUCACUAACUGCCAAGAAGAAAUUCAUCACUGGAAGAAGGUGGAGGGUGACUAUGAAGCUCUUCAGGAACGGCUUAGCACAUUGCCAGAUAAACUUUCUUAUGAUAUUAUGGUACCUUUUGGUCCCCAUGCUUUCAUGCCGGGAAGACUGGUUCACUCAAAUGAAAUCACAGUACUUCUUGGGGACAACUGGUUUGCAAAAUGUUCAGCAAAGCAGGCUAGUGAUCUAGUUGAACACAGGAAAAAACAUGUAAGGAAAAAACUGGAUGAUUUGCAAAAAGUCAUGAAGAAUUAUGAGUCUAGAGUUGAAUUCACAGAAGAUUUACAGAAGAUGAGCGAUGCAGCAGGAGACUUUGUUGAUAUAAAAGAAGUGAUUGAAAGUAAUGGCACUGAAACAAAAGGAAAACACAGAACUGCUCACAAACCUCAUUCAAAACCAAAAACCCUUGCUUUUGUGGAAAAACUUCAAGAAAAUGGAACUGAUGAAAAAUCCACUGGGAACCUGAAAUCAGAGGAAGAGUUUUGGGCCAGGCUUGAUGAACUGGAGAGGCAAGAAGAGAUCCUUGGUGAACUUGAAAGGAUUUCUGAUACUGUUCAGGCAAAUGGAGAAGACGCUUCCUCCUCUGAAGAAGAGAAAGAAGACAGUAAGACAAAUGUGAAUAUGGUUCAUGAGGAAAAUGAAUCUAAUACUCAGGGCAAUUUUCAGAAAGAAGUAGCCAACUCUGAAUUGUUCAGAGAUCAGGUUAAUGGCCCAGUACAUUGUUGCAGUGACGAGGAGGAGGAUUUAGCCAUUGCUGAGAAUGCUAUACCAACAAUAUAUUUCUCCCAUACUGUGGAACCUAAAAGGGUACGAAUAAACACAGGAAAAAAUACAACUUUAAAAUUCAGUGAAAAGAAAGAAGAGGCAAAACGGAAACGGAGGAACAGCAAUGGUAAUGGACACUCAUCUACAGAACUACCCAGCAUCAAAACACCAGCAGACGUUUACCGAGUCUUUGUUGAUGUUGUGAAUGGAGAGUAUGUCCCUCGUAAAUCAAUUUUGAAGUCUCGAAGCCGGGAGAAUAGUGUUUGCAGUGAUACCAGUGAGAGCAGCACUGCUGAGUUUGAUGACAGACGAGGAAUUCUGAGGAGUGUAAGCUAUGAUGAAGCUACCUACAGUGAUAACAGUGAAGGGAUCUUGGAAGAGGAGGAAGAGGGAGAGCAGGAACAACUACCCAAAAAAUCAUCACUCUCGUCAGGAAUCUAUGAGGCUUUCUCGGGAACUGUUGUUGAGAAGGAGCCUUUGUCUCUGGUUUCAGUGCCGCACCCCAUAAUUGCUCAUCCCGUCUUACCUACCAUUCCUGAACGAAAAUUUGAGGAAGUAUUCUCAGAAGCAUCAGAAGAAUCUACAAAGAGAGUUUCAAAAUUCAAAGCUGCCAGGAUGCAACAGAAAACCUAGGUCCCACUAACACGACAGACGUUUUGGCUUUUCAUGCCCAUUGGCACAAUCUGUAAGAUGGGAUACAUCUAGCUAACAAAAUGGCAGACUGUUAAUUUGAUAUUGUUUGUGUUUAGACCUCUCGUUGAUGGUAUUUCUUUUUCUAAUAUAUGAGGAAACACUUCAAAAUUCUCCAUAUUUUCUUAAAAUCUCUGUAUGCAGUCAGCACCUUUGUACAUGUUUGCCUUACAAUAAUAGCACUUGGAAUAAUUUUCAAAAGAAUAAUCUUCAUAAGGAUUUUUUUGUGUUUAUGUUUAAAUCUAAAUAGAGGCAGUUUUGUACCAGAUGUGAUGUUCCACACGCCAUAUGGGUCGUUUGAAAGAAACUUCCCAACUUUCAAAUAGAGCCAACAAUUAUAUUUCAUGACUUGCUUUAGCAUUUUAAGAUUAACUCGUAUUCCCCCCAUUGUUUUGUAGGAUUUGCUUUUAGGUGUCUGUGCUGACGAAUCAUCUCUUUCCUAUUUGAAAAAAAAAACCCCUCUGAUAACUUCAUUGUAUAGCAUUUAUGAAACAGAACGCUGUGUUCACAUACUUUGCAGGGACGUUUCUUGAUGGAAGAAAAUGGUAUUUUGUAAAAUUAAACUUUUCAAUUAAAGAAAAUUAAAAUCCAGAA